AGGUGAGUCGGUGUGUUGUGGACUCGUGGUGCUGGCUGCCGCUGUUGAGGCGGCCGGGAACGGGCGGUGGGGAGCGGGCGGAGCUGGCCUUGCCUCUGCCUGGCCGGCGCCGCAGUCGGCGCGGGCCGCGCCCGCCGCCGUAAACUGCCCUGAGCGCCUGCUGAGGCCGAGGGAGACGUCGGGGCCUGCACCUGGAGGGAGCCUGCCGCGCUGGCCCCGAGGAGGGGGCGUUGCCAUGGCGACAGCCUCUCCCGCCGCUGACGGGGGGCGGGGGCGGCCCUGGGAAGGAGGGCUGGUCUCCUGGCCCCCUGCCCCUCCCCUUACUCUCCCCUGGACUUGGAUGGGCCCGAGUUGGGGGCAACACCCUGGGCAUUGGGGCUUUCCAGCUCUCACAGAACCUUCAGCAUCCCCAGCUGGCAGUCUUGGCAUCUUCGAAGUAAGGAGAGUUUUAGAUGCUUCUGGAUGUUCAAUGCUAGCACCUUUACAGACUGGAGCAGCUCGAUUUUCUUCAUAUUUACUUUCAAGAGCAAGAAAAGUGCUGGGCUCCCACUUAUUUUCUCCCUGUGGUGUUCCGGAGUUCUGCUCCAUAUCCACCAGAAAACUGGCGGCCCACGGCUUUGGCGCAUCCAUGGCGGCAAUGGUGCCCUUCCCUCCCCAGAGGUAUCACUACUUUUUAGUGCUGGACUUUGAGGCCACGUGCGACAAGCCACAGAUUCAUCCUCAGGAAAUCAUCGAGUUCCCCAUCCUGAAGCUAAAUGGUCGGACCAUGGAGAUUGAGUCUACCUUUCACAUGUAUGUCCAGCCUGUAGUCCAUCCGCAGCUUACUCCCUUCUGUACAGAGCUCACCGGGAUUAUUCAAGGCAUGGUGGAUGGUCAGCCGAGCCUGCAGCAAGUGCUGGAGAGGGUCGAUGAGUGGAUGGCGAAAGAAGGCCUCUUAGAUCCAAACGUCAAGUCAAUUUUUGUCACCUGUGGAGACUGGGACUUGAAAGUCAUGCUCCCAGGCCAGUGCCAGUACUUGGGCUUGCCAGUGGCGGAUUACUUCAAGCAGUGGAUUAAUCUGAAAAAGGCUUACAGCUUCGCCAUGGGCUGCUGGCCCAAGAAUGGACUUCUAGACAUGAACAAGGGCCUCAGCCUGCAACACAUAGGCCGGCCCCACAGCGGCAUUGAUGACUGCAAGAACAUUGCCAACAUCAUGAAGACACUUGCAUAUCAAGGCUUCAUUUUCAAGCAGACAUCAAAGCCAUUCUGAUCGGCCGAGGACGGGAUGGGGCAGGACAGGGUAGCUGCUUGGCCCAGCCCAGAACCCUCCUUUCCCUCACCAGAGGGGAAAAGGGAGAGUGGCACAGCUCUACAUCCAGAGUGUCCCCCAGCCUGCCCUGUGGGCUUGUGCCCUGGGUAAGGCCUUGGCCACUCGGCCCCUCUGGAGCAGACACUUUGUGCCCCCCACCCCAACCCCUCAACCUCAGCCCAGUAUUAGCCCCUCCCAUUGUGGGCCUGGGCUAGGGGGACCCAGGCACUCACCGCCUCUUCCCUGGUACACAGGCUUCUGCUGGGGCCACCGAGCCCCCCUGUGCCCCCUCCCAUCUGUAGUGCAUGGUGUGUGGUGCCCCCAGGGCUCCAGGACAGAUCAGGCCCCACCUUGUGUCUACCCCCAUCCCCGCUGUGAACGUGCCACUGAAUAAAGUCGGGGAAACGAGACUCUGGGUGUGUGUG